CUGCUGUCAAGUAGCUAGGGUGGGCUCCGCCUAGGCGAGGAGUGGCGCCGGUGGGAGAUGCGCUCCCAGCUGUUUGCGGCGGGAGCGGGAAAGCUGUAGGGCCAGGCAGCGCGGCGGCGGCGACGGGAGUGGGGAACAGGUGUCUCAUAGUACUUAACUGCUACAGAGCUUUCCUUGUUUGUGGAAGUUGAACCAUCUACUCAAUAGAAGAUGAAAAUGCCGUUGCUGGUUAGUCAUCUCUUGCUCAUCUCCUUAACAUCCUGUCUAGGAGAGUUCACAUGGUAUAGAAGAUAUGGUCAUGGAGUGUCUGAGGAGGACAAAGGAUUUGGACCCAUUUUUGAAGAGCAACCCAUCAAUACCAUCUAUCCAGAAGAGUCGCUGGAAGGAAAAGUUUCACUCAACUGCCGGGCACGAGCUAGCCCCUUUCCAGUUUACAAGUGGAGAAUGAAUAAUGGGGAUGUUGACCUGACAAAUGACCGAUACAGUAUGGUAGGAGGAAACCUUGUCAUCAACAACCCUGACAAACAGAAGGAUGCUGGGAUCUACUACUGCUUAGCCUCAAACAACUAUGGGAUGGUCAGAAGUACUGAGGCAACCCUGAGCUUUGGGUAUCUCGACCCCUUUUCUCCCGAGGAGCGUCCGGAAGUGAAAGUGAAGGAGGGGAAGGGCAUGGUGCUUCUCUGUGAUCCUCCCUACCACUUCCCAGAUGAUCUUAGCUACCGCUGGCUUCUGAAUGAAUUUCCUGUGUUUAUCACAAUGGAUAAACGAAGAUUUGUGUCUCAGACAAAUGGCAAUCUCUACAUUGCAAACGUUGAGUCUUCUGAUAGAGGCAAUUACUCCUGCUUUGUGUCCAGUCCUUCUAUCACCAAAAGUGUGUUCAGCAAAUUUAUACCCCUCAUUCCAAUACCUGAACGAACAACAAAGCCAUAUCCUGCUGAUAUUGUAGUGCAGUUCAAGGACAUUUACACCUUGAUGGGCCAAAAUGUGACUUUAGAGUGUUUCGCUCUUGGAAACCCUGUUCCUGACAUCCGCUGGCGGAAGGUGCUAGAACCCAUGCCGAGCACUGCCGAGAUAAGCACCUCAGGGGCCGUCCUCAAGAUCUUCAACAUCCAGCUAGAAGAUGAAGGCCUCUAUGAGUGUGAAGCCGAGAACAUCAGAGGAAAGGACAAGCACCAGGCAAGAAUUUAUGUUCAAGCGUUUCCUGAAUGGGUAGAGCAUAUCAAUGACACUGAGGUGGACAUAGGGAGUGACCUCUACUGGCCUUGCAUAGCCACAGGGAAGCCCAUUCCUACCAUCAGGUGGCUGAAAAACGGAUAUGCGUAUCACAAAGGGGAGCUGAGACUGUACGACGUGACUUUUGAAAAUGCCGGGAUGUACCAGUGCAUAGCAGAGAAUGCGUACGGAACCAUUUAUGCAAAUGCGGAGCUCAAGAUUCUGGCCUUAGCUCCGACUUUUGAAAUGAAUCCUAUGAAGAAAAAGAUCCUGGCUGCAAAAGGAGGAAGGGUUAUCAUUGAAUGUAAACCCAAGGCUGCACCAAAACCCAAGUUUUCAUGGAGCAAAGGGACAGAGUGGCUGGUCAACAGCAGCAGAAUACUCAUAUGGGAAGACGGUAGCUUGGAAAUCAAUAAUAUUACAAGGAAUGACGGAGGAGUCUACACAUGCUUUGCGGAGAAUAAUAGAGGGAAAGCUAAUAGCACUGGGACUCUGGUGAUCACAAAUCCUACGAGAAUCAUUUUGGCCCCAAUUAAUGCUGAUAUCACUGUUGGAGAAAACGCUACCAUGCAAUGUGCUGCGUCCUUUGAUCCUUCCUUGGAUCUUACGUUCGUUUGGUCCUUCAAUGGCUACGUGAUUGAUUUUAACAAAGAAUAUACAAAUGUUCAUUACCAGAGGAAUUAUAUGCUUGAUGCCAAUGGGGAGCUGCUCAUCCGAAAUGCCCAGCUGAAACACGCGGGAAGAUACACCUGCACCGCACAGACAAUCGUGGACAACUCCUCGGCUUCGGCGGACCUUGUGGUACGAGGUAAAAAGAGAAAAGAUGGAGAGAAAAACAUGGUGGACCCCUUUCUCCCAGUCUGUGCCAGCCUGCCUCCAACAUGGUGAUCGGAACCCUCACCUUUUGUGUGAAAGCCCUCCCCCCCUUCACCCCGGAAAAUACCAUGCAGUGCUAGAGCUGGCUAAUUAACUCAACCUUGUAGCCUCUGCAAUUCCAUUCACCAUCCUAGCUCUUGGAGGAUGUUUGAGACUUCUUAACAUGCUUUUAGCUGAGAGGUUUUACAACUGUGGUCCAGCUUCACUAACACCUGAAAACAAUGCCUAGCAAACUAACCUAGGCCAUCAUAUACUAGCCCAGGCACCAUUCCAUGUUUCCUGUCCUGUUCUUCUUUGAGGAUAUCUACAUCAGAGGUUAGCUCAUUACCCAACAAAAGCUAAGGAGAACUGGUCACAUAUAAAACAGGAGUCCUGCUGUUAAAUGAAUUGCUUAAUGUAUCACAGCUAAUAAAGUGCUGCUGUCAGAUUCCCCAGUCAUUUAAAUCGGGGUGCAAGCUAGGGAGGGGCUGCACCACCAGUGACUUUCUUACCACACUGCCUUUCACACUUUGGAGGGACACUUGAAAAGCAGUUGCAAGAAAUCAGUCAGACACCAUGACCUUCAAGAGCUUGUAAGCAAAGGCUGGGCUUGGAGAGCGAACUUGGACAGUGUAUGUAGCAAGACUGGCAGGAAGAAAGCUAAGUCUUCACCAACAUGCUUUCCCAUUAAAGUGUACUGACUCCCACCACCGUCCUUCAUGGCCUCCUCCUUGAGGAAUAAGGUUGGGAUUUGUAUUAGGACAGUGCUCAAGUGAGGACUGAAAGGGAAUACACAAUUCUUCCUGGACCCACUUAAACUCUUUAUGUUUUCUUUAUUCGGAGAGACAUACUUAAGAUUCUUGUUUUUUUGUUGUUUUUCAAAAGUUAAUUUUGCCCUUCUUGGUUUUAUGUUUAGCAAUAACGUUUUAUUUAGUACUUUCAUUUAGCGACCCCAGCAACGCCAUCUGAGACAGGAAAAACUCUCAGGAACCAUUGAAGGAUGUGCAUAUCACUCGUAGAUAAUUACACACAGAUGGUUAGACUGAUAACAGUUUUCAAAGGACAAAGACCUCUGACUUACUCAUAUGCAUUCUUUAUAUUUCCUAGUCCUGGUUGGCGCAAGGAAUUAUCUACAUUAAUUUCUAUUUAAAUAAAUAUUUAAAAUUAUUUUGAGCUUUUUUCAGUAUCUGUAAACGUUACCAUGGGAACACACGUGAGUCACCACUGUGAGGAUUCUCUUUUAUAAUCGGUAUCUGAGGCGAUACCUCCAAGACCAGAUAAGAAAACAAAGAAUGAAAAUUCAGGAAGAAACCAGAUGACAGGAAAGGGCGAAUGUUUGUGUUUAAGUGAGCCCGCUCAGUCAGGUACCUGUGCUGUGAGAGAGGGGGUGAGGAUUGAAGAAAAAAAGUCAAUGUGAGACAAUAUUAGCAGGACUUCAGCAAAGACUGAAGGGAGUUUAUUUUUUAUGGACUCACUUAUAUCUACUUAAGAAAUGAUGACAGCAUAAGGCUCACAGAAUAGUCAACUUCCUUAUUUCCCAGAAUAGAGGUACAACCAAGAACAGACAUUAUCUAACUUCCUUAAUCAUAAAUCUCUAAUGGUGCAAGAAGAGGCUAGCAUGAACUUGUGCUGAUCAAAACCUUUAAACAAUAACUUCCUUAAAAACAAGUUCUCUGCAGAUUUAACAAGACAAAGGUCAUAAGGUUAAAGCUGCAAGGUAAAAUCAACGUGGGGUCAACAAUAUGCAUGGCUUUCCACAUUUAAGCAAGGAAGGUUUCUUAGCUCCAUUGACUUCUUCUUGCCUCAAUCUCAUAACUAAGUGGGAUAGAAGCUCACUCUUUUUCAUCAAUGCCAAAUGAUGAUCGUUAUUUUAUCUCCACAUUACUACUGUUCAAACUUAAACAGUAGCAUACCAAACUGAUAUGAUAUUGUAGCAUUACAAAAAAAACAAUUAUACUAACAAAUUUUCUGAUACCAGCAGGCAAUCAUCUUUCUAGACCAGAAUUCUUUUGUAAAAUACACAGAUGCCCCCUGUAAUGAGCACUGGGCAUUUGCUUCUUUCUUUAUUUACUUUUGGUCAAUGAUUGAGAGGUAAAAAGUUUAAGAAGGUGAAAGAAAAUGUGGAUGUGACAAAUGAGAUGCUCUGCCACUCCACAGAUGAGAGAGAGAGAAGCACUCUGGGCAUUUCCAUAAUUCAUUCACUAGUUAACAGAACUGAAACAAGCUUCAGUGUUCAUUUGUAGACUCCCAGGACCUUGACAUUACCCCAGGAAGGAGUUUACUAGCUAUGAUUCAUGCAUGUGGAGUGAUGGCUCAGAGCACCCUCUGGCAACAAUCUCUGAGGACACUGCUUAAAGAAGAGAAGAAAGAAGAUGUGGAAGAGGAGCAGAAGGAGUGGAGCCAGGGAUAGAACAGGAAGGACAGUGUUUGUCCACAGCUCUAUCAGAAUAGCACAGGAAGAUGCUCCCACCAAGUACAUUUGCUAUUUGCUCAAUACAUUUGCUAUUCUGGCAUCAUCUGGCAUCAUCAGGAAAUGGAGAUCAAUCAGCCUGUCUGUAGAGAUGUGACAUAUGAGCUCAAUACUAAUGCAGGGCAGAAGGUUGAGGCAAGGCUGUGAGGUGGCUGAAGUAAGAUACAGAUGAAAACCGGAAAGCUGUGUUCAUCAGCUUUAUCCUCUUCUCCAUUCUCCUCUGUCUCUUUCUUUGUAUUGUCCUUCCUUCCUUUCUUCCUUCCUCCCUUUGCCUCAUUUUCUACUCUUUUUAUCGCCCCAAGUAUUUAAUAGGCAUAAGAAAAACUAAUAAGUCAACUUUGCUAGAGCUAGUCACAAAUAUGGAUCAGUUAAUUACCUACCUUAUGACCUUUUAAUCAAAUAUAAUAUUUGUAUUAAUUCUUUGAGCAUUUCACACAUGCAUACAAUGUACGUUGAUCACACUCAUCCCACUCCUCCCCCUAACUCCUCCGGGAUUAUCCCUCACUGUCCCUCCUCCCAACUUCUGGCCCUCUUUUUUAAUUUAUGGAACCCAUAUACCCAUGGGUCAGAUAAUUGACUCUCUUCCACCCCCAGGAACGGUCACCUUUCAAUAGUACCUCUUCAGCCAAGGGUAGAAAUCACGAGCCCAUCCCACUUCAAUGUUGAAGUAUAGACUGGUUUGAUCUUGUGCUGGUUUUGUGCAGUCAACUGUAUGAGCACAUGAGUGUAUCCUAUGACUCAUUUGCCCUGGUCUUCCUUGACCUCUGGCUCUUACAAUAUUGCGACCCCUUCUUCUGGGAUUGCCCAUGAACCUUGUAGAAAGCCACCUUUCAUCUUUAAUAAUUAAGAGAAAUAAACAAAUUGAAAAGUAAAAUGAUUCAAAUUCCAAGGCCCCUUCCAGAUGAUGGACUUUUAUGUUUCAUGAUAAUGUAAUUUUGAGAUGAAAAUGUGCUCAUAGAAAUCCUUAUCUUCUGGAUGAGAAUGUCCUAAAUAAAUGCUAAGUAUAUGGUAAAAUGCUGAAAAAGGUAUGAAAUAGCCCGAUUGCGAUUGCUUAUAUUCUUCCUGAUGUCCAUUCUUCCCAUAAAGAUGUAUUGAGAGUGCAUGGUGAUGGGAGGAAAGAAAGAGGGAGAGAAAGGAAGGAGAGGAACCUUAAGAGACAGUUAUGUGCACUGCCCCACCCCCAGCAUCCAUUAACAAGAGACUCAGGAGAGUGUUGGCCUGUUUACUGCCUUCUCUUGUGCUGAGGCACAGCUUCUCUUGUCUCAUUUUCUACCACAGCGCUAUCAUUCUUCAUAGAAACCUAGCCAAGUAACACCAGCGUCCACUGCCUCAAAGCCUCCUGUGGGAAAUGUUAGCAAGCCUGGCCUGGGGUUAGUGUAGGCCAUCCGGAAUUCCAUGCUCUGCCUUAACUUCACUAUCCGGAUUUUCCCUCUCUUUCAUCAAGUGCCACAGAAAACACAUUAUCUUCUGGCGUCCCUCCUGCUUUAAAAUGAUAAUUGAGCAGCUCUUGUUAGAGUAAUUACUACUUCCAGGAGCUGUGAGUUCUAGAAAGUUCUUUCAGAAAUAAUGCCAGCUAAUGUCUUCUAAAGGUUCUGAGGACCAUGCCUGCCUGGAACAGAAUUCUUUAAAGUUGUUAUUUCAGUCACAACAACAUUCUUUUAUUAUUUUAAUUUUUUGUAUCAAUUACAGUUUAUUCACUUUGUAUCCCAGCUGUAGCCACCACCCUCAUUCCUUCCCAAUCCCUGCCCUCUCUCCCUCAUCUCCUUCCAUGUCUCUCCCCAAGUCCACUGAUAGGGGAGGUCCUCCUCCCCUUCCAUCUGAACCUAGCUAUUCAGGUCUCAUGAGGACUGGCUGCAUUGUCUUCCUCUGUGGCCUGGUAAGGCUGCUCCUCCAUCAGGGGAAGGUGAUCAAAGAGCCAGUCACUGAGUUCAUGUCAGAGACUGUCUCUGUUCCCCUUAGUAGGAAACUCACUUGGAUACUGAGGUGCCAUGGGCUACAUCUGAGCAGGGGUUCUAGGUUAUAUCCAUGAAUGCUCCUUGGUUGGAGUAUCAGUCUCAGAAAAGAGCACUGUGCUCAGAUAUUUUGGUUCUGUUGCUCUCUUUGUGGAGCUAAUGUCCUCUCCAGGUCUUCCUAUCUCCCCAUUCUUCAUAAUAUUCCCUGCACUCUGCCCAAAGUUUGUUUAUGAGUCUCAGCAUCUGCUUUGUAGAGUCUUUCAGAGAGGCCCUCUGUGGUAGGCUCCUGUCCUGUUUCCUGUUUUCUCCUUUUUCCAAUGUCCAUCCCAUUUGUCUUUCUGAGUGAGGACUGAUCACAACAUUCUAAUGCUGAACUUGUGUUUCUCCCAUCUUGCAUAUAAGGAAACAAAAGCUCCUCCAUAGCCUAAAAACCCUGACAAGUUAAAUUUGGGUGUGAAUUUAAAAGGCAUACCUACUUUUAAGAGUCAAGUUUCAACUUUUUAAUAUGAUUUUUUCCCCUCUGGGUGAAAGUUCUACCUAGGAGACAAACAUAAGAAAUGACCAGGUGAGAGGGCUGGAGAGAUGGCACAGCCACUAAAGGCUAAAGCUCACAACCUGAAGAAUAAGACAUUAUGAGGCAGAAAAUUCUAUUUUUCUAUUAGAUGAAGUAUUACAAAUAUUACCAAUAAGGGACUUUAGGGUGCUGGCCACUCUUUCUGUCUGAUCCCUCAGCUGUACCUCCUGCUAAUAUAGCAUCUCACAGUUAUGACAUAUGUGAACAAAGAGUGCCCCGUCCAUGACUAUAAGGGCAUGAGCUGUGAUCAGUUCUUUCAUAUGGUCAACAACAGACAGGCCUCAUAAGGCAGGCAUACAUCAGAUAGCGACAUGAAAAACAGCAACUACCUAUUUGCUCAAUAAUGUUGUUUUCCAGUCACUGAACAGCUCAGUGAAAUUACAAUGCACACAGUGUUCCUAACAAAUAUACUAACAUAUGCAGUUUCAUCUGGUGUUUGUGCCAUAUUGCUCCCCUGAAGCUCCAAGAAUUUCAGAGAAAAGAAGGUGGGGAAAUGAUGUGCCCCAGAGAAGGUAAAAGCUAAACUUGAGCGUUCCAUCUUAAAUUCCGUGUAACGUACUAAUGCUCAGCAGAGCCUAAAUGCAUCAUGGAAGCCCUUCUUCCUUUAAAAAUAGCUUUUCUCCUCCUUUCUCUUUCUUUUCUAUUUUAAUUAUCCAAAACUCCACACUCAGUUCUUGAUUUGAGAUGAUCCAGUAGGGUCUAAUUAACACGAUGUGCUGUGUUUCAGUCUGGUUUUUAUACAUUAAAAAAAAAAAAAAAAAAGUGGUAUAUUCUCUUU